UAUCAGGCAAAGGAAGGGAGAGAGGGAGAAGGGAAAGUGAGGAGGGGAGAGAGAGAGAGAAAGAGGGAAGAUGGCUAGUGAAUUCAAAAAGAAAAUGUUCUGGAGGGCAGUGGUGGCUGAGUUCCUGGCCAUGAGCCUUUUUAUUUUUAUCAGCAUUGGCUCAGCUCUGGGCUUCAACUUCCCCGUGGUGGCCAACAAAACAUCAACGAGGUCUCAGGACAACGUGAAGGUGUCGCUGGCUUUUGGGUUAUCCAUCGCUACCAUGGCGCAGAGCGUGGGCCACAUCAGCGGGGCACACCUGAACCCGGCUGUCACCCUGGGGCUGCUGCUCAGCUGCCAGAUCAGCAUCUUCAAGGCACUCAUGUACAUCUUCGCCCAGUGCCUGGGGGCAGUGGUGGCCACAGCCAUUCUCUCGGGAGUCACCUCCUCUCUCCCAGGAAACUCCCUGGGGCUUAAUGCUCUUUCAGAGGGAAUCAAUGCAGGCCAAGGGCUGGGUAUUGAAAUCAUUGCCACCUUCCAGCUGGUGCUGUGUGUCCUGGCCACCACAGACCGGAGAAGGAACGACGUCUCGGGAUCGGCACCUUUGGCCAUUGGUCUCUCUGUUGCCUUGGGACAUCUUCUUGCUAUUGAUUACACCGGCUGUGGAAUUAACCCAGCCAGAUCUUUCGGCUCAGCGCUCAUCGCCAACAACUUUGAAAAUCACUGGAUCUUCUGGGUUGGCCCAAUCAUUGGAGGAGCAAGUGCUGCCCUGAUUUACGACUUCAUCCUGGCACCCAGAACCAGUGACCUCACCGACCGCAUGAAGGUGUGGACCAGUGGCCAAGUAGAAGAGUAUGACCUGGAAGGGGAUGAUAUGAACUCCCGGGUUGAAAUGAAGCCAAAAUAAAGAAGGGCAUGGAGAGUGGAAAAAAAAAAAAGGCAAAAAAAAAAGCAGCACAUUGGUUUCCGAAGAUUUUAUCAGUGUUAUAGACUCUUUGCAAACCAGCAAGCAGUACCUUGUUUUUUUAAUUCAAUACAGUUUUCCAUUUUUUUUUUUUGCCCCCAUAUCUUCAUAACAUUUUUUAUAUCUGGGGUUUUUCAAUUACAGAGUCUUCAGGUCAAGAAGUCGUGACCUAAAUAAAUUGGGCUGAAGUUUAACCCCUCUCUUGCUACCACCCAAUUUUGAAGUGUAUUUAGUGUGGGGGGUUCUCCAACCACAUCACUCAGUAAUGAUAAGUAGUUCAAAAGAGCAGUCUGUUUCCUGAAAGAAUAGAGGACAGAGAACCAUCUGUACCAAUAACGGGGGGCCUUACACCUGAGAAAACAGUAUAUAUACAAAAAUGCAAGGCUGGAAUCUAAUGCCAGCAACAAAUGGGGAAAAAACCAAUCUCAAAUCAGUGUCCAAAAGCUCCUUUUGGAAGAAAAGGCUAUUAAAAAUUAGUUGUUACAUAGAAUUAACCAUCAUUUCCUAAAUGAUUGAUCAUCUUUGAGAAAGAGGGCCAGAAAAGCAGGGUAAGAAUUUCCAGAGUCACAGGAUCUUUCAGAAUUUCUAGUGUUUCAUUCUCCCUCAACCUGCAUCCAGCUGAUUGUGAGGGGAGAAUACACGUGACAAAAGAUAUAUAGAUAUAUUAAUUCCUGGGAAAUAAUAGCUAGAAGUCAAAUUGGAGAGUAAUAAUAACAAUGACAACAAGAACAACGUGAUGCCAAUGUGUAAACAGGAUCUGAUUGUUCCCGUGGCUACUCUGCUUUUGUAUACCUUUUGUAAUUUAUCUGUGUGAUUUAAAGGAAAACAAGGAGCAAAGAAGUCCCCUUUCUCUCUGACCCCAUUCUAAUUGCCAGCACUGUGGCAUUCAGGGACCACAAAUAGAUGUACACACAGUAUAUUUUCUAAUGAGGGACAAAUACAUACAUACCUGGAAGUCCAUUUUGGGGGUGGUUGCUUUGUUUUUAUAUAUAUAUAUAUAUAUAUAUAUAAAUGUUUAUAUAUAUGUUUUAUACAGAAAGCCUAGUAUACUGUUUUGUAAGAAAAUAAGAGCAUAAAGACACGUGGAAAGAAUUGGAGCAGUACUUAGAGAAAUAAAUGACACUGGAAACGAGAAAGAAAUUUAACACUCUAAACGAUGUGGAAGAUUAUUUUCUGUUUUCAUUUGUGUGUGUGUGUGCUACUUAUGAUUUCCUGAGUAACCCAAAGCAUUACCUGGUCUUACCUACUAACUAUAGAAUAUAGUCAAAGCAGAUCCAUGCUGAUAUACUUGUUCUGCACUAAACAGUUUUCCAUAAGAAAUGAGGCCCAGAAGAACUGACAGAAAAUCAGCACAUUCCAGCAUUCAGAAAAACCCCCCAGAGGUAAUGGGAUGGAUUCUCCUCUCUGAGAGACAGUGUGGGACUGGGAGUUGAGGUAGGAUUGGCAUAGGAAUCUGUAUGGGUUGGAUCAUUUCAUCAAAUUGAGCAGAUGUACAAUGAAAAAAAGGAAUAAAAAGGAAAAUCACCAGCAAAAUAAAACAGAAUAUAUUUUAUCUUUCUUGUCUACAUUUGGUGUGCUAUCCCAUGUAUUGCCUGUGUACAUAGAGCAUGAUUGGAUUUUGGGGUGGUUUAAAAAUAAACAAAAUCAGUUGUGCUAACA